AUGACUGCUGCGGAAAAAGCCGGCGAGAAAGCGCCGUUGCAAGCUUUCCGUAUAGCUGGACUCCCACCGGACUUCUACUACAUUCCAAACUUCAUCUCCGAGGAGGAAGAGGUUUCCAUGCUGCAGAAAAUCCCGGCUCAGCGAUGGAUAAUACUCACCCACCGGCGUCUUCAAGCGCAUCCCUCGACACUGACCAAGAACAAUACUCUUUUAGCCGCCCCACUACCGACGUACCUUGUUAAUCCAGUUGUGCAGCGCUUCAAAGAACUAGGAAUCUUUCAACAUACGCCGCAUAAGCAGCCUAACCACGUCUUGAUCAACGAGUAUAACACUGGUGAGGGUAUCAUGCCACAUGAAGAUGGUGACGCGUAUGCGCCAGUGGUUGCUACUGUGAGCUUGGGAAGUGCUAUAUGUCUAAACCUUACAACAAGACCAAUAGAUGCCGCAACGAAGAGGGCAUCAGAUGUGAAAGAGGAGCCGACGACGAAGUAUAACAUCCCAACACGGAUCGUCCAGGAACCACGCUCCCUGCUCAUCAUUACUGGCACCGCAUAUCAAGAUCUACUUCAUGGAAUCGAUGCCUUAGAUAUCGACGAGAAUCUCAACGCCGAAACAGUUGCAAACUGGUCGUUGUUGGGGGAUCGCGGCGCGUUCGAGGGGGUUGGGGGGCAAAUUUUCAGAGAGACGCGGAUCAGCUUGACAUACCGGGAUGUUUUGAAAGUCAGCUCGGCAGCAAGCAAAGUGUUUGGGUUCGGAAAGAGAUAG